GGUGUUGGGGUGUUCCUAUGGGUGCUGGGGUGUUCCUAUGGGUGCUGGGUGUUCCUAUGGGUGCUGGGUGUUCCUAUGGGUGCUGGGUGUUCCUAUGGGUGCUGGGUGUUCCUAUGGGUGCUCAGGGUGUUAUUGGGGUGCUGGGGUGUUCCUAUGGGUGCUCAGGGUGUUAUUGGGGUGCUGGGGUGUUCCUAUGGGUGCUCAGGGUGUUGUUUGGGGUGCUGGUUGUUCCUAUGGGUGCUGGGUUGUUCCUAUGGGUGUUGGGGUGUUCCUAUGGGUGCUGGGGUGUUCCUAUGGGUGCUCAGGGUGUUAUUGGGAUGCUGGGGUGUUCCUAUGGGUGUUGGGGUGUUCCUAUGGGUGCUGGGUGUUGUUUGGGGUGCUGGGUGUUCCUAUGGGUGCUGGGUGUUGUUGGGGCCUGCUGGGUGUUGUUGUGGGUGUUGGGGCCUUGUUGCUUGGGCUGUUGCUAUGGGUGUUGGGCUGUUCCUAUGGGUGUUGCGCUGUUCCUAUGGGUGCUGGGGUGUUGUUGGGGGUGUUGGGGUAUUCCUAUGGGUGCUCAGGGUGUUAUUUGGGGUGCUGGGGUGUUCCUAUGGGUAUUGGGGUGUUCCUAUGGGUCCUCAGGGUGUUGCUAUGGGUGCUGGGCUGUUGUUCGGGGUGUUGGGGUGUUAUUUGGGGUGCUGGGUGUUCCUAUGGGUGCUGGGCUGUUGGUGGGGCCUGGUGGGUGUUGUUGUGGGUGUCGGGGCCUUGUUGCUUGGGCUGUUGCUAUGGGUGUUGGGCUGUUCCUAUGGGUGCUGGGCUGUUGUUUGGGGUGCUGGGCUGUUCCUAUGGGUGCUGGGUGUUCCUAUGGGUGCUGUUGGGUGUUGUUGGGGCCUGCUGGGUGUUGUUGUGGGUGUCGGGGCCUUGUUGCUUGGGCUGUUGCUAUGGGUGUUGGGCUGUUCUUUGGGGUGCUGGGGUGUUCGUAUGGGUGUUGGGGUGUGGUUGGGGUGUUGGGGUGUUGUUUGGGGUGUUGCUAUGGGCCUUAUAGAAGAAUAG